ACAAACGCGUUUUGACGAACGCGGCCAUCAUGGAUAACGACUACUUUUCCAUUGAUGCCAUCCUAGCUGAAAAUCAGAAAAUACAAUGUACCUUCAAAGUCGAUAUCCCUGACAUGGGUCACCUCGCAGGUGGAUCUGACCGUGAUAUCAAAUCAUUGACGAAGGCUCCAAUACCGAUAUGGCUGGCUUAUAUCAUAUUGUUCUCUGAUUGGGCUGACUUCACUAUCCCUUCACCCUUUGGAACGCGGGUAAGAAACGCGCUCAAGGCUGAGCCUCGGAGCGUAAAGCUAUCCAACUUGGUUGGUGCAGGUGGACUAUGGUACGGUUUUGGAAAGAUGGUCAUGGAUAUUUUGAGUGAAGAGCAGGCGAAUGGUAUAUCAGAAGUGUUAACAAAGGCCUUCAAAGGACGGUUGCUGGAGGUGAUUGAUCAAGCACAACAUUUCGCGGCGCUUGGGCCUGCAGGAGGAGGUGGACCUUCUACCGAUACCGCACAGUCAUUCAGAGAAGGGCUUGAUGGUACAGAAAGGGAAUUGUUUGCGCUGGCUCAAGAAAGCGCAAAACGAAUGAAACGAUGGCAUGAAGGAAAUGACAAGGCACGUCGGUGAAGAGUUCUAAAAUUUGCUCUGCGUUAUGUAUACCAUAAAUCAUUGUUCUUUUUUGUCUGUAUUCGUCUCCAUAUUGGUCGUCUCAUUCGCAGGAGGAAUUUUCUUAAGCUCUUGCACAAACCUAUGCAUUGACCUCAGUUUACUGUUCAACAUUUGUAUGCCCAACACAACGUACCACUUUACGCUCGCCCACAGAGCGAGUUGGAUACCCAUCAAAACGAAGAAGUGUGGAUUGCCUUUCGUUAGGUACGCUGACCAAAGGAAGACGAAGAACAGUAGUGCAAAGGCAGCAUCGACAGCGAAAAGAAAUGUCGGGUGGAGAGAUGAACCUGGCUUCAGAAUGAAAGAAACGAACGAGGGCUCUUCUGAGUUUGAUGUCAUAUUCUUCGAGUAGCAGAAGAUGCAGUCAGUCCAAAAUCUGUUUGGAAGUCGGGAGCAAAGAUUUA